GCCGAGAUCGACAUCGCCAAUCCCAGCGGGAAGAGGCAGCCCGGUCAAAUCGAACUCCAAGGAGAGAUAGCCGAUUCACUCAAGACAGGAAUCGUCGUGGACAUCGAUCCGUUGCAGCGACCCAGCGCCGGAUCGAUCGAGGACAAGAGCGCUGAAGACAGGAGAGCGCGGUCUGCCCCGCCCCCAGGCCAAGCAGCCUUAGAGGCGAACGAAGAGGCUGAAGCAAGCCUGGUCCCUCGGAAGGAUCGCAGGCGAAGAGACAGGGCCGAGGCGAAGGCCAAGUCACAAGAGCCCAUUCCAGAAGAAGAACUGGAAGAGGUUCUAGAGGAGGAGCUACCAGCUUCUUCCUCCGUUCGUGUGCCCACUCCUCCAAGGGUACCGGACGAGCACUACAUCAGUGAAGCCCGGCGCAUUCUGGACCAGCCUCAGCCAGAGGUUCCAGAAGAGAUCGCAGCCGCGGCAGCUGACGCGCCAGCAGAAGAAUCUGGCAACGAGACGGAAGUUGAGUGGGGAGAUUCGCUCUCGAGCUACAGCAGCUACGAGGUGUGCGAGAUCCCUGACCUGGAAACCGCCAGGCGAGAAGCAGAAGCUGUAGCAGCCCAAACCAAGUGGCUGGAGCAGCGUCGUCUCCAAGCGCCCCCACUGUACGCAGCGGGAGUUGCGGGGAGCACCGCACGGUCCUCCGCCGACAGCAAAGGCCCAGCAGUUGAGGCCGAGCUGAGUAAGGCAUUGGACUUGUCGUGGACGAAAGGCCCGAAGAAGAACGCGAUGACAGACCCACAACAGGUCAUCGGCGAAAUGCAGCUGCGGAUGGAUGCUCUAGCGAGUCAGAUGCAAGCGCUGAAUAUCGCCCAUCAGAGCCAGGUGCAACAGAACGCCCAGCUGCAGCAGGAAAAGCAAGAUCUGGACCAGCGCCUGACAGGCGUCAUGGCACUAUUGCAGCAAUCCUUGCAGCAGACCGCGAACGUAGGCGUCGCCCAAGGGCAAGUUCCCCCGCUCCAGAGCGCGGGAACACCCGCCGGAAGCAGUAAGCCGGUCAAUCAUAUUGACGUGCUCAAGUCUGUGAAACAGCCUCAAUCCUUAAAGGAUCGAGACCAAUGGGAACGGUUCAGUUUCCAAGUAGAAACAUACUUGGCUUUGCUGGACGAAAACUUUCCAGCAGACUUGGACAAUGCACGCAAGCUCACCAGUUUUGUGGAUCCAGUCGAUAUGACUGAUGAAGCCAAAUCCCGAGGGAGGCAAUUGUUUGCAAUGCUGAACUCGUGGACUCAAGAAUUGGCAGUGGCAAGUAAGAUUGCCCGUGGCAUUCGAGACCAAAAUGGUUUUGAGUUUUGGAGACUGUUGUGGCGUGAAAUGGCCCCAGACAAUCACUCCAAGAGUUUGAUCUGGCGGCGCUCGUUGCUCAGUCCCAAGUUUCCUGCAAAGGAAGCAGAGUUUUCAGCGGCACUCCAAGAGUGGGAAGCUGACCUUGACAAAUAUGAGGCCGAAUAUGGUCCCAGUAAGGCCAUCAGUGACGAAGACAAAAGAGCUGUAGUCCUUACUGAGGCGCCGACCGCCCUGAAGCAACACCUUUCCAUGCACAUUGGAACCCUUUCCACGUAUCAGUCUGUGCGUGAGGUGGUGGUGUCCUAUCUGCAAGCAAAGCAGGUUUGGAGGCCAUCAGCCGCGUAUGCGGGAGCCGCCGCACGCACAAGAGAUCCAGAUGCCAUGGACAUCAGCCUUGUCGGUGAUGGCAAAGGAAAAGGGAAAGGAAAAGAUGGCAAGGGAAAGGAUAAUAAGAAGGGCAAAGGAAAAGAGGCCAAAGGAAAAGGGAAAGACAGCCACAACAACAAAGGUGGCAAAGGUCAACAGGAGAAGGAUCGUUGCGCCAUAUGCUGGAAAACCGGCCAUACCAUUGAGAAGUGUUGGUUCAACUCAAAAGGCCAACCAAAGGGGAAGGGCAAGAAAGGAGUUGCAGGUAUCACUGAAGACAAUGCGUCAGUGAUCUCUGCAGGGCCAUCUGCAUCUCAAGUUGGUGGUCAAAGUGUAAUCACCCUUCCAUCCACGACCACAUCCAACAAAGGGAAGAACGUUGGAAUGAUCGGGCACCGACUUCUCAUGGUCAAGGCCACCAGCAGCGGGCAACACCGCCAUGUUUCACAAAAGGCCAUUUUGGCCAUACCAGAAGGUGGAGAAAUCUGUACUGGCAAUGCCAUUUUGGCAAAGGAAUCUCUUGUAUCCAAGUUGGAAGCAAUUUUUGCCUAUCGAGACCAACCUGGAUGGCACGACCCUGAUCCCAACACCAAGGUGUUUGUGGUGAAAGGCAAGAAUGGUGCCACACGAAAGUAUGCUACACCAGGGUCACAGUAUCCUGGCUACACGUUUAGGUCAACGUGGCAGUGGAAUGAAGAGUCCAACGCCUGGGAUUGCAAGGAGUUCAGAAAGAAAUGGAAGCUCCUGCAUGAGCCACACGAGACGUUUCAAGGCACCAGGGUAUGGGCACUUCAAGUCUUCCAAAGAAGUGACACUGCACGAGUGGCCAAGGUUGCCAGCAGAGGCACACUGCUGGUGGACACAGGAGCCUGCUCUUCAGUCUGUAGACCUGAGGCUUUUCCAAGUGCUCUCUUGGACCCCAACGCCGUUGAGGAACUAUACACGGUGGAUGACACUCCACUGAAGGCGUGCGGGGAAGUCCGCCCUCAGCUCAGGCUUGGAGACAAGCUCAAAGAAGAAGCUCAAGUCACCUUUCAGGUGGUUGAAGGUGUGAACGAAAACAUCCUGUCAGUCAACAGGGCAUUGGACAUUGGAGCCAGUGUCCACUUUGAAAGUGACAACUGCUACAUCCAAUGGGCAGAUGGCAGGAAAGCCACGUUUGCCAGGCAGGGCAAACAGUUUCUCCUUCCGUUUGAAGAGUUGGAGCAACCUACCACCAGAUAUGGCAAGGUGGCAGCCAUCGAUGAAGAUGCAAUGGCAGUUGAAGCCUAUGCCAUGCAAGAGGAUGAAGAAGCCGAGGCAGUGCAAGAAUAUGCCAGGCGUGAAGAAGAAGUGAGAAAGGCCAAGGAGCUUCUGGAACAGGACCCCGGUCUCUUGGCAGACCUGGAGGAGGAAGCAGAAGCCCCGCCACCUGUGGAGCCAGAGGGGUUGUCACAACCUAUAAGCCCCACUGAGGCGCAGGUGGAAUCCCAUCGCCUUACACACCUACCGUUUCAACCAUGGUGUGAAGAGUGCGUGUCGGGUAAGGCCAAACAAGAUUGGCAUAGGAGGGAUCAAUCCUCAACGCGUGAGGGAACAGGGUUGAUCCAGAUGGAUUAUUUCUUUCUCUCUCCUGAGAAGGAGGAAGAGGUUGAAGAUGAGUCAAGACUGGUCACAAUCCUGUGUCUGACUGACACGGUGACAGGUUGGCCGCUGGCACUUCAACUUCCCAACAAGUCAACCGAGGUAGCCCAGUCCAGGUAUUGUCUGCAAAAUGUGGACCUCUACCUGAAGAACCUUGGGUACAACAAAGUCAUUCUGCAGCAUGAUGGCGAGCCCUCAAUCAGAGCACUGGCUGAGUCAAUCCAAAGACAUGUUGGAUCCAGCCGAGCCUCUGUGCGGGAGUCUCCGCCCAAGCAGCACCAAUCACAAGGAGCUGUGGAAUCCAUGAAUGGGUUUGUAGCAAGCCAAAUCCGAGCUUUGUGGCUCGACGUCAGGAAGCGGUAUCCUUCCUUGGACGUGUCCAGCAACUUGACACCGUGGCUUGUGCGCCACGCGGCAUGGCUGAUAGCACGUUUCCAUGUGAGAGGAAAAGAUGGGCUCACGCCCUACCGCCUGACAACUGGCAGCGACUACUCACACCCAGUCGCCAUGCUAGGCGAAGUAGUUCUUGGUAAAGUACCGACCCCGAGGGGCAAGAUGCAGCGAAGGUGGAUCAAAGGCAUAUGGCUAGGUAAGCUGGACAGAGACGACAGCAAUGUGCUUGGCACGUCGUCUGGGGCAAUCGCCGUGAGAUCGGUGAGAAGACUGCCAAAGGAAUCGCAGAUCAGUCAAGAGCUGAUGAACAACAUGAAAGGAAUUCCUUGGCAACCCCGCGACGGGAUGAGGCACAAGAUCAACAGAGAGCUGUCACAGCCAGUGGCACUCCCAGCGCCAGCCGCAGCGGGUCCCACCGCGCUGGCAUCAGAACCCCCGGAGGAAGAACAUCCGACACUGGCAGAAGAUGGUCAAAACGUUGACCAGGAUGGGUUAGUCGUGCAAGCCGCAGCCCAGCUGGAAGACCUACUUGGCGACCAAGCCGAGGACUUCCCAGCGGGUAUCCCCGCGGACGACGACGACGCACUCAGCUGCGUGCCCACCACGCCAGCAAGAUCUGAAGCUGCAGAUCCUCCGCCGGCAGCAAGGCCGAGCGGGCAGCCUCCGCCCUUCCGAGGAGGGAAGCGAGUAAGGGAUGAUCAGGCAGCGCUUGCACCCGGACAAGCUGAAGCCAAGCAGUCCAGGCAAGCAGGUAUCUUGCAGCAUUUAACAAAUCAUGAGAUAUGGUCCCACAUCCAAGAAUGGGCCAACUCCGAGGACAAGAGCAAUCCAAUGGCUUUGCAAAGGAUAGCCAAUGUGACGGAUUUCGUCGACCAAUUGCUCGACCCAGAGGAGGUCACCAAAGCGCGAAAAGUCCAACUUCAAAAGCUUUGGGAGCGAGGUGCCUUCACACCCGUGCACCGUCAAGAAAUCCCAAAAGGUUCACAAAUCUUCUCACACAAAUGGGUUGACAAGUGUUCCAAAGGAGCAUACAAGUCGCGUUUCACAUGCGCUGACGUCAAGGCUCGCUACACAGCAGCCGAGGAGGAGGGAUUGGACGUGUUCGUUCCAACUCCGACCCCAGAAGCGCACAAUCUUCUGGAGGUCUAUGCUCUGACAAAGGGUUACUACGCCCCAAGUCUGGACAUCGUCGCAGCCUUCUUGAUUGGAGCUGACCGAGGAGCCAGCGAAGGGAAGCAUGUCUACAUGCGUGCACCAGUUGAGUGGUACGACAUCUUCCUUGAGUGGCUAGAAACUCUCAGCCCCGAAUUGAAGGAUUGGUACAAGGAAUCGUUCAAAGAACUUUUCUUCAGGUUGGAUGGAAACCUCUGCGGCAGAAGGACAGCCGGAUCCGUCUACAGAAAUGAGUUGGAGGAAAUCCUCUGCUCAAAAGUUGAUCCACAGCGGUAUUCUUUCUCUCGUGGUGAGAAGGAUCCAUGUGUCUUCCGUUGUGACAAGUCAGGGAUCAUCCUGAUUCACCACAUAGACGACAUCCGUAUGGCUGGACCAGAAGAGGCUGUCAACCACCUGGUUGAAGUCGAAAUGCCGAAACACUGUGAGGUCCAAGCAGGAGAGCUCGAAAGCGAAGGAACAGCUGUUGAGUACCUGGGUCGCACCAAGGUACGAACCAAAGAUGCUAUCAUCACGAUACCAGAUGAGAAGCACAUCAAAGCUGUCAUCGCUGCUGCGGGAAUCUCCGCCAGAGACCGCAGUGAGGUUCCUUCCAAACAACUGAACCUCUUAGAAACGGAGCCUCUUGGCGAGGCAGAUGCCAAGCUGUAUCGCUCGGCAGUAGGAUCAGCGAUCUACCUGUCGCUGGACAGGAGGGAAAUCCAGUACGCGGUGAAAGAAGCAGCGCGACACAUGUCGCAACCGCGAAAAUGUGACAUGCAAGCCGUCAAGACCCUUGCGGCAUACUUGCAGUCGCACCCACAUGUUGGCCGAGUCACUACCUGUGAUCCCAACUGUAGCUCAGAGUGGCCAUGCGAAUUGUAUAGCGAUUCGGAUUGGGCCGGAUGCCUAGAAACACGGCGAAGCACCGACUGUUACAUAGCCGUUGUGUGUGGUGCAAUCGUCGCGUGUGGCACACAGACCCAACCAGGCCUACCAGCGACAAGUUCGCCGGACGCUGAGCUCAGGGGAGUUUCGAGGGCAGCUCGGGAAGCCAUCUUCCUCAAGGAGCUGAUCACCCGAGAUUUUGGCCAGCAGUGCGGUAAGCCCCGCCUAUGGACGGACAGUUCAUCGGCAAUGCAAGCUUCCAAGCGCAUUGGACCAGGUUCCAAGCUCAGACACCUAGAAGUCUGUGAGUUCUAUGUGCAAGGAGCUUUGCAGUCCAAGCAGAUAGCUUUGGGCAAGGUCAAGGGCACCGUGAAUUGUGCCAACUUCCUCACCAAACACCCAAAGAGUGGAACGGAAGUAAGGCAAGCAAUGCCUGGUUUAGGCAUGUAUGAAGCUCGUGACGGAGAAGAUAUGCUCUCUUCGAGCAAGAAGAUCUCUGUCAAGGUCUCAACCGUAACCAAGCAGCAUGCGUGGAAGACUCCUACGCCAGCUUGUGUUGGUUGGAUCAAAGACCAAGAUCGAGCGGGAAGAACCGCCACGGCCUAUCGGCAAAAUGGACAACUGGUCGGGUGCAUCAAGGCACUUGUUGUCCUGAGCCAAAUUCAGGCAGUGGCAGGGCAGCCAACAUACUGCCUGUCCCCAUACGAAUGGUAUGCAUUGUUUUUCUUGGCCGCAAUCGGCACGUGUGUGCUGAUAUGGAAACUGGCACAACAGUUCAUCGCUUGUUGUGUGGACUGGUUAUGUCCAAUCGAGCCAGUAGCACAAGAAACAGGCCAUGAGGUACAAUUGCACAUCCAAGAUCAGCAGAUCACCUUGCGACUCAGGGUGACUGCCAUCAGAAACAAUCAGCAGCUAACGCUGACCAAUCCAGCGCCAGCGGCAACCCCGCGGUCAGAGCCGGCGGCAAACCCGCGGACACCAGCGGUAGCCCCGCGGUCUCCUGAGGAACUUACUCCUCGAGGGAUCGAGAGGUGGCACGAAGAACGUUGGGUCCAAGAAGCCGCAGAGGCCAGAAUGACCAUACAGGAGUUGAUUGAAUGGCGCAACCAAGAAGAGUCUCUCCUACGAGGAGAGCAUCCCGACGGCAUGUCGGACCUCCAGGACUCUGAGUCAAGUGAGUCCGAGGCGGCACCAGCCAGUGCGGGCAGCACCGCUGAACAGCGGGCAGCUCCGCCUGAGCGGGCAGAUCCGCCGACCCGGGAACCGGAGAGCGAAGCCGAUGCAGCCAGCAUCGAGCAGAGCGAUCCGUUUGCCCACAUGUCUCCAGCGGAACUCGAACAAUGGAGACGGGCUGAAGACCGGUUCCUGGGGAUGUAG